AAGCGGAUGCCAAGGAUGCGGAGCUUCUGGAGUCGCAUCGUCAUGGCAGGUGAUGCAAGCAGGAUAUACAAGCGCAGCCCCCAGGAGCUGCUGUGCGGCGCCAGUCUGAUCAGUGACCAAUGGAUCCUCACUGCUGCACACUGCAUCCUGUACCCGCCCUGGAACAAGAACUUCACCGCCAACGAUAUCCUGGUUCGGCUCUGCAAGCACGACCGGGCCACGUUUGAGCGCGGCCAGGAGAAGAUCGUGGCCAUCAGCGAGAUCAUCGUCCACCCGAAGUACAACUGGAAGGAGAAUCUGAACCGCGACAUCGCUCUGCUGCGCCUGAGGCGCCCGGUGGAGUUCACCGACCGGAUCCAUCCGGUCUGCCUGCCCAGCGAGAAGGUCGUCAACACGUUAUAAACCUGAGGAUGCCCA